AUGUCAUGCCGAAUAGAAACCUCUAGGUUAUGGGAGGGGGAUACUUGUGAAGCGCAUUUUAUGCGGACCGUUUCUCGUGACGAUUCUGGACGUUACACGGUUCGCUUACCGUUUCGCGAAACCGAAAGGCAUCUCGGCGAAUCGCGAGCCAUCGCGCUUAAACGUUUAACAGCUUUAGAACGUAGAUUUUUAGUAGAUGCGUCAUUAAAGACAGAAUACACGCGCAUAAUUGAGGAAUACCUGAAAUUAAAUUACUUGUCCGAGGUCGUGGAUCCUAAUAAUUACGGAUAUUACAUGCCACAUCACGCGGUUUCAAAGGCAACGAGUAACACCACGAAGGUGCGUAUAGUAUUUGAUGCAUCCGCGAAGUCCGGUAACGGCCUGUCUCUAAAUGAUAUACUAUUGGUCGGGCCUACGAUCCAAGACAAAUUAUUCGCCCAUCUAAUACGAUUUCGAGCAUAUAAAUAUGUGAUCACAGCAGAUAUAGAAAAAAUGUAUUUGCGAAUACGGUUACACGAGGAUGAUAGGCGUUAUCAACGGAUUCUGUGGCGCAAAGAUGAUAAAAUUACUACGUUUCAAUUUAAUAUGCUUACCUUCGGUGUGUCAUCUUCGCCAUUUCUCGCGAUUCGCGCAUUACAGAAAUUGGCCGAUGAUGAAGGUCAUGCAUUUCCGAAGGCCGCCAAGGUCAUCAAAACCCAUCUUUAUGUAGAUGAUUUAAUUUCCGGGGCCGACAGCAUCGACGAGGUUCGAGCUAUUCGCUAUGAAGUCAUCGCGUUGCUUGCCCGCGGCGGGUUCACGAUCAGACAAUGGGCCUCUAAUGAGGAACGCGUUGUCAGUGAUCUCGCGGAUGACACGUUACACGCGGGAUUUGCGUUCGGCGAAUAUCGUUUCUUAAAAACUCUUGGCUUGACGUGGCCAUGGUGGAAAUAUACAAGCCACGCCCUCAAUGCCGCCAUUAUGCGCAAUGGUUCACCUUGUAUAUUUCCACCAUGGACGUGGCGAGCACGGGACGACGAAAUACGCUAUCUUGUCCAACCCAUCGAAUUCACAGAACGGUUUACGAAACGGCGUAUAUUAUCGGAGAUCGCGAAGAUCUUCGAUCCAUUAAGGUUAUUAGGCCCUGUUGUUUUUUAUGCCAAGGGAUUAAUGCAGGAAAUCUGGCGACAUCGACUAAAUUGGGAUGAAUCUGUUCCGCAGAGUAUACACACAGCGUGGCUAGAGUUCGUCCAGCAACUCGGAAUAAUAAGUCAAAUUUCUUUCGAUCGUAAAUUAGUAACCGACAACUAUCGUGACGUGCAAGUCCACGGAUUCUGCGAUGCCAGUAACAAAGGAUACGGCGCAUGCAUUUAUGUACGUUCAUUAGGAAAGGACCGAAAUACGACCGUUAGAUUAUUAUGCGCAAAGUCUCGCGUUGCACCGUUAAAAAAUGUCACAAUUCCGCGUCUCGAGCUUUGCGGUGCAUUAUUAUUAGCUCGUUUGUAUCGCGAGUUACUGAAUACGUUUGUGGCCAAUCGCGUUAGGGAGGUACAGGAAUUAGCACCAUCGAACGAAUGGCGUUACGUCAGAUCAGAGAACAAUCCCGCCGACGGGAUAUCAAGAGGCCAGCUACCGCGCGUGUUUUCGCGAAACCGGAUGUGGUUUACCGGACCCACGUGGUUGAGCAAGGACGAAGACGAGUGGCCUGACAAUCUUGUGCAAAUAAACGAAAUACUCGAAUUGCGAAGAAAUACUUGUCUGUUAAUUUCUAAUGAACCUGAAAUAAUCGAACGUUUCUCCUCUUAUUCCAAAUUAUUAAGAGUCGUGGCAUAUUGUCUGCGCAUGCUUCCCAUUAAUACGCACACUGGUUCAUUGUGCAUAAAGGAAAUAGACGAGGCUGAAAGACGAGUAUUGAGGAUCGUUCAGGCUACUCGAUUCUCCAACGAAAUCAGAAUUCUUCAAGGCAAGAAUCCUGUAAUUAAGAACAAAUUUGCCAAUUUAAAUCCGUUUUUGGACGAUCAAGGCCUAAUUCGCGUUGGGGGACGUCUACAAAAUUCGGAUGCGACGUUUUCGAGAAAACACCCUAUAUUAUUACCGAGUCGACACAAUCUGACCGACCGUAUUAUCCGUGAAACCCACGAGAAAAAUCAUCAUUCCGGUAUCCAAACAACACUCUAUAUCCCUCGCCAAAAAUUUUGGUUGACUGACGGUCGUAAUCAGAGCUCGGAUCAAGGUCUAUAUAUGCAUCUUCGUAUGACGAUUAAAGCGGUACAUCUCGAAGUAGUUAGCGACUUAACAUCCGACGGAUUUCUUGCGGUGUUGCGACGGUUCGUUGCGAGGAGAGGAAUGCCUGAACAUAUCUAUUCAGAUAACGGCACUAAUUUCGUGGGUGCGAAUAAACAGCUAAGAGAAAUGUACGCUCUAUUUAACUCCGAUCAACAUAAGGAACAGGUAAAUAAAUUCGCAUGCAACCAUCGUAUUACGUGGCAUUUUAUACCACCCGCCGCGCCGCACUUUGGUGGAUUGUGGGAGUCCAUGGUCAAGCUUUUCAAACACCAUUUUAAACGAGUUGUGGGAGAUUCGUUAUUUACGUUCAAGGAGUUAAAUACAUUCACUAUCAAAAUCGAGAGCAUCUUAAACUCUCGACCAAUUACGAUUCUUUCUUGUGAUCUGAACGACUUACUCGUGUUGUCACCCGCCCACUAUCUGAUUGGCAAACGGCUAACGGCUCUCCCGGAGGGCAAUUUGACGAGUGUUCCAGCUAACAGAUUAUCCACCUGGCAACACAUCUCCAAGGUACGGCAACAUUUCUGGGCGCGCUGGAACCUAGAAUAUUUAAAUGAGCUCCAGGUACGCGUCAAAUGGGUCAAGGAUGAGCCACAGUUUGUCACUGGAGCCGUGGUGCUUAUCAAGGAUAAAAAUCUGCCGUGCAAUCAAUGGGCCCUAGGAAGGAUCACAAAGAUUCAUCCGGGUGACGAUGGCAGAGUACGAGCAGCCACAGUCAAAACAGCAAAUGGAGAG